AUGAAAUUGAUACUUUUCGAUUACUUUUUCCCUACAACCUUAAUUGUGCUAUUUCAUUCUCUGAUCGUAUCUGCUCAAAGUCCAGACCCAUUUCCAUCACCCAAUCCAAAUGGUUUUAAUACAGACGGUAAUACCAUAGAAAAGUCACAAGAGAGUUGGCUAAAGAAGAAUGAUCGAUACAUCUUUAUUAUCAUUCUUGUUCUUGUAUUGGUUGCUGUUAUCAUCUGGUAUAUCACCAGAAGUCUCCGUGGUAUGCGUAAACGAUUGGAUGAAGAAAACAGACAAAACAUGAUGAUGAUGCAGCAGACAACUGUGGGACGCAAUGACAUUACAGAGACUAUACCAUUGCCAUCAGAUAGUUUUCAUAAAUUACCAGAUUAUUCACCACAGCAACAGCAGCAAUACGCUCAUCGUUAUUAG